UACUUCCUUGCUAUAUAUGCACAUCAUUGGGCACCCUCCCCCUGUAUAGCACUGAACCAAUUUGACUCAAGGCUAGAAAGAAGCCAUGAGACCUGCUUUCCUCCACCCUCUGCAAGCCGCCCUUCUAGCACUAUCCUUUCUGUUCCUCUCUUUGGCCCAAGGGCAAAGUCUCAAGUCAUGUACCACACCUGACCAAGGCUCAACCCUCCAGGUCUACCAUGUCUACAGCCAAUGCUCCCCAUUUAAGCCGAAAACACCUCUCUCGUGGGAAGAGAGUGUUCUCCAAAUGCAGUCAAAGGACGAAGCAAGGCUUCUUUUUCUAUCCAGUCUUGUUGCAGGCAGGUCUGUGGUGCCUGUUGCUUCUGGGAGGCAGAUCACGCAAAGUCCAACUUAUAUUGUAAGGGUUAAAGUUGGGACACCAGCCCAAACCUUGCUUGUGGCUAUGGAUACUAGCAAUGAUGCUGGCUGGGUACCCUGCAAUGGUUGUGUAGGAUGUGGUUCUACAGUGUUUGAGUCAACUAAGUCUACCACUUUCAAAAAUGUUGGUUGCGGGAGUGCUCAGUGCCAACAGGUACCCGGUCCAAGCUGCUUAGGCAGUACCUGUAGCUUCAAUCUAACAUACGGUGGAUCCACCAUAGCAGCAAACCUCUCACAAGACACCAUAAGACUAGCUGCUGAUCCUGUUCCCAACUAUACCUUUGGUUGCAUCCAGAAGGCUACCGGCAGCUCGGUGCCUCCUCAGGGUCUUUUAGGCCUAGGAAGGGGUCCGUUAUCGCUAUUGUCUCAGACCCAAAAUCUAUAUCAAUCCACGUUCUCUUAUUGCUUGCCCAGUUUCAAGUCUCUGAACUUCUCCGGAUCGCUUCGAUUGGGACCUAAUAGCCAGCCUAAGAAUAUCAAAUACACGCAAUUGCUGAGAAACCCAAGAAGGUCAUCGCUUUACUAUGUGAACUUGAUCGGAAUUAAGGUCGGACGGCGAGUGGUGGGCAUACCUCCUGAGGCAUUGGCCUUCAAUCCCACUACUGGAGCUGGCACAGUAAUUGAUUCUGGCACUGUCUUCACCAGGCUAGUCCAACCAGCCUACAUUGCCGUUAGAGAUGAGUUCAGGAGGAGAAUGGGCAAUGCAGUAGUGUCGUCGCUAGGCGGCUUCGAUACAUGUUACACUGUUCCGGUGACGGUGCCAACUCUAACCUUCAUGUUUUCGGGCAUGAAUGUGACCCUACCUCAGGAUAAUUUCUUAAUCCACAGCACUGCAGGCAGCAUCACGUGCUUAGCCAUGGCUGAAGCUCCUACUAACGUAAAUUCUGUGCUGAAUGUGAUUGCAAACCUGCAACAACAGAACCAUAGGAUUCUUUUUGACGUGCCCAACUCAAGACUUGGUGUUGCACGUGAGACUUGUACCUGAUUUUCUUCGUGUUUUAGUUUAUCCGGGGAACCAUAGCUGUUUCUUUACCUUCGGAUUCUGUGUCUUGUUGUAUUAGUAAUAACCAAGAUAGCACGAUUUAAAUCUCCUGCUGAUGUUGGUAAAAUGUGAUUUCAGUUUUUUAUGUUUGUCUUUAAAAAAAAAAAAUUGUUUGUGUUUGUGUC